AUGUUGUCGAAGAUGACUUACUCUUACGUGAGUAAAAAAGGCCCCUGUUGGGUUGCAUCGCGCAAGACGAAGAUAAUGCUGCAGGAGCACGGCGACGACAAUCCACCGCCAGGCAGCAGGGAAGCAAGCCAGGCUUCCUCACUGCUACCCGCUCGUAGUUUAAGUUCUAGUAGAAGUACAAGUAGAAAUACUACAAGGUCGGCGCGGAGAUCGAGAUCUAAGAGUACCGACGAGACACGUCGACGCCGUGAUCAUCUCCUUUAUCGCACGAGACCACGUCCACCCGCACUUGCCUUACUACGUCGCGCUCUUCUCCCGGCUUCCGCUUGUCACAGCAUAGUUCUUGUAACGGCCAGUAACCUUCACGGCACAGCAGCAUCAAACUCCAACGUCGCCCGUCUGCAGCAAGUGAGGGACUUAUGCGAUGUCUACACCGCAGAGGGGAAGUGGUCGUGUAACGUGAACAAAUUUUGCGUGUUUGGUCGAAAAGUCACGGAUUCUCCAACAGCUCCAAUGACGUGUCACGCAGACGGUUGCUCAGCACUUACCAGUGGUGAAAAGUGUGUGAGUCCAUGCAUAUGGAGAAACGAAACGAAUACCUGUUUGCACACGAAUAAACUGCGUACUUUUUUGCUACAAUCCUGAAAAUUUAACAAGUGGUUCUUCUUUCGAAGAUCAUAAAUACAUCAUACGGUUACGGUUUAUAAUAUCUACUUCCUUCGUAUCAGUAGAUCCUCGUCUUCGACCUCGAUUUUCGCUAAAUUCUAGUGUCAUACAUUCCUAAACUACUUCGAUAAUCAGUGUCAUACAUUCCUAAACUACUCCGAUAAUCAGUGUCAUACAUUCCUAAACUACUCCGAUAAUCACAGCUCCUCACACUCCUUCUAAACCACAGCUCCUCACAUCGCCAUGGACGCAGUCUGUCAAAAAGCUGGACGCCUGAACUGUGGAACGCUGUUUCCAAAAUGUUCGAUUUUUCCCGAUACUGGUUGUCGCGCUGAGCCGACGCAUGAUUAUUGUCAGGAAGUGAAAAGUGGCGCUGUCUGCGAUGCCAUUCCGGACUGUGAAUAUCUUUAUGUUGUCCACUGAAAAGCAUAUAAGUAGUCCUAUUCACCUAACGUGAAAAAGAAGACUGAGAGCCCAGAUAAGGGGGUUAGCCCCGUCCGUCGCCGGCAGCUUCCGGAAUAAACACGCAAGCUCUUCCCUUUCGGAUAAUAUCCCUCACCGUUAGUUACCCCAGCUAGCCACUACAUUUCUAACUCUCUCUCCAGAGUGCAGUAACGCAGAAAAGAAUAUGCCGAUCGAAGACCAUAGGGCGUGAAUUACCGCCACUGCCGCUAGCCACCUCUGUCCAAGGCGUAGCGCAAACGACAAACGGCACAGUCAAAAACUUCUUGUCCUAUGACGACAUCGCGAAUUCGCCAGGUGGCGAAAUAUCCAAGUUCUUUGGCGAUCAGGAUGAUGGGACUUGAACAAUAACAGAACAAUUUAUAACACGAAUGACGGUUGGGACGAAUGGCACGGUUGGGACAACCCAACGAAGCCAUUCGAUCAGGGUCGUGAUGUAUCUGCUGGCGCAACCUAACUUGAUUUGUGCGCUCCAUACAUGCAUAGACUGGCUGUUGUUGAUCCACAUGAUUCCAUUUAUCGAUCCCUCGUUGUUGAGACGUCGACGUUGUAAGUAAGAGAACGGGUGAAACCACCUAAGAUUUGCUCGUCCCUGUUAAGAUAUCCAAUAGACCUCCCAUUCCAAGAAAACAGAUUGGCAGUGGAUUGAAAAUUGAUAAAGGUAUUCCCAUCCGCGCUCCGGAUGGGAAUCUCUCUGACUCCGGAUGGGACAUCUAUCCAAAGCAAG